AUGUUUGCGUCUCAAGUCUCGUUCUCAAACGCUAGCCGAAAGAGGCUGCGUAUCGAUGUUGGAACGCACAUGCGUUCCACUCCGUCUUCAUCUCCGAAACCCGGAAGCAGCAACAAAAGAUUUAAUUCAGUGUUUGGAACGCUUAUGCGCUCCAUUGGUUUAGUAGAAAGUUCCAUCAUGGAGAAAAAGCAAUGA